AUGUUCCGCAUCCGGAAUGUCACCUUGACAAAAACCAUUGCCUGUAUGGUUUCUUUGUUCCUCCCCUUUCUUAUACAGGGAAUAUUCGUUGUCUUCAUUGACUUUCAGGCUAUCGGUCCUGUCAGGCUUUCCGAAAAGUUAGCCAGACACUCCCAUAUAAUGCCUCCAAAAGGUGCUAAGAAAACUGUUAAGACGCGCAAGGGGAAGGGGAGUGGGCGAAGGUCAUCGGAUGAGCCGAUGCAAACGGACGAUGAAACGCCAGCUCCAAAGAGAAGCGCCAGAAAUAGAAAAAGGAAGGAACCUGUAGAGCACCUAGAAGAUGAACCCGGGGACAGUGAUGAAGACAGGUCUACGAAGAGACGCAAAAAAGACGGAACGGAAAAGUCCAAGGAGAAAGGGAAGGGGAAGGCUACUGAGAAGAGAAAGCCUACAAGGACAGGAAAGGUUCCUAAGAAAAGCUCGGCAGCGGAGGAAGCAGAACAAAAGGAUGACGACGGUGAAGAUGAGACCCCAGGGUCUAAGGACACGCAGAAAGAGGAGGAACAUACUGGGCCUGGUAUUCGAGUCCGCUCGACGCUUGCCGGCUCUGCACCUGUCAGACUUGAUAGCAAAGCUCAAGCUUUAAGGUCUUCAAGAAAAGGACAAAAUGGUGAAGGGGAUAAAGCUCAGCCGUUUCCAAAGUACGGCAAGGAGACAGAUACCGAACAGACGAAAAGGUUUUUCUCAACCAUCUCUACACAAGUUGCCAGAACAGAAAAUCGCAGAGGCGGUCAUUAUCCCUUGGCAUCCUCCAUGCCAGCAAAUCGUGGAAAGACAUGGGACGCAAUCGUCAUCCAUCGAACAUGUGCUGUUUGUGGAGUUUGGUUCCACCAAGGUGGAGCUGACGGCCAGUAUACUGAGCAUAUGCGACUUUACCACCCCCGCGCUCCCCGUAGCAAUCGACACGGUCUACCCCGAGUACCUCAUCAAAGCCUGAUAACCCAGGGAAGAGUUAUUCCUAGAGAAGCUUGGGAGGCAAUAGCUCGUGCUGAUGCGGAAAGUAGAGCUCUGUUUGCUGCUCUUCCUGGGGCGGAAAGAUUUUAUACUCGCGAACAAGUACGUCCCAACAACGUAAAGGAAUUUGUUGCGAGUGGUGAUAAUCCACCACCUCGUGGGGGCCAUCCAUUCUUUCCGUGGGAUAUGGAAAAGCUCUCUCGUGAUAAUAAACCACCGCCGCCGCCCCCGCUACGCCCAAAUACUUUUUGUAUAUCCAUCAAAUGGCGGAAGGAUUUUCACAAGCUUGAAGAGACCAUUGAGCAAUAUACUAGUCAGCUAGCUGAAUCGGAAGUCGCUAAAAAACAAAAGGGGAAGGGGAAAGGUAAGGCGAAGGCCACCGAAGAACAGGUAUCCGAGGACGAGGACGCAGUGGACCCCGAAUUCGCAAGAGCAAUGGAGGCCCUCGAAGCUGUGAUCAAAUUCUUCAUCGGCGAGGCCAAGAAGUAUAAAAAUGAUAAAUCUCGACUGGAGUAUACUUUCAGGAAUCUACAUCUUAUCAUGUACCAAGCUCGCGUAGGGUUUGCUGCCAAGCUACCGGAAUUGGCUGGGGAGCCUGACUAUGUUCGAGAAGCAAGAGAAUUCCUGAGAGCACUUUUUAAACCCACUGCACCGGAAGAUCCUAAAAAUGCUGCACCAACUCCUCCUAGCUUACCCGCCGGUACAAUGAUUGCCUCGACGCCACCAGCGCCGUCAUCACGGAAUAAUAACGACCUCAACGAUGGCCGCAAUGUGGAAGACGAUUUUCACCAUCCCGAUGUUGCUAUCUUUGCUGACCAUAUGGACGAGCUGCACAUUCAUCGUGCAGCUGUUGCGGCAUCGACAAACGAUGGAGACUACAAUAACUUUUUCGAACAUGUGGCAAACAUCAUCACCCCUUUCCAUGAGGAGAUGCAUUUCAACUCGAAACACACAGACGAGGAAUGGAAGAAUCUGGAGUUUGCGAGGCUCAAAGCAGUAAGAAUGCUUCGACCAGCAUUCAACAAGCAUCGCUUCAACCGUGAUACCGAUGAUAUCUUUGAUGCUGUCAAUAAUUCAAUAGCGUGGCUUGCGUCACUGUUUGCCUUUAUUGAUCCUGACGGUAUGCGUGUAGGGUCGGAUUCAAAUAAUGACUUUGACGAUGAUCAGGCCAAUCACCCUGGUCGUGACGAAGCGGGCCAUGAUGAUGCUGAUCAUUCUGACUCCGAUUACCGAGACGUUCGCCAUCAUUAUGAAGACGAUGAUGGUCAGAAUGAUGAACUAAACGAGGAUUAUCAGAACGAUUUUGACUUGGGGGAGAAUUCCCACGACAGCUCAGAAUCACCCGAGCCCCCAAUAGACACAGCAGGCCUUGAAGAAAUAGACCUUACCAACCUCGAGGAAAAAUUGACAAUCUACGCCGAAAAGUUGGAGAAGUUGAUCCCUGUGCCAGGUGAAAAACGAUGGACCAAACCUAAUACAACGUAUGGCCCAAAAAUUUACUGGGCAAUGAAAAAAGGGCUUACGGCUUUGUCAUCGAGUGGUGGGGAUAUCGAACGAGAAUCUGCUAUUGCUAAUAAGGUCAGGGAGGGCAUUACUCGCGCACGAAAUAAAUGGAUGACUUUGGAGCCAGGUCUUUUGAAGGGAUCUGAUGGGUUCAAUCUGUUCCUGCGGAGUCUUGCUAUGGACUUGAAAAUGCCAAAGCCACCUUAA